GUGGGGGCAGGGGGCGGGGUGGACAGGUAGCAGCGACCCCGGCGCCGCGCUCCCGGAAGUACUGGAGUGUCCGACAUGGAGAUGGCCGAGCGGAGCUCUCAGUAGCCUGGUCUAGGCAGGUGCCAUGGCCCUGAUUGAGGGGGUGGGGGACGAGGUGACUGUCCUUUUUGGGGCACUCCUCUGUCUCCUGGUGCUGGGCCUGGCCUGGAUCUCCACACACACCUCUGAACAAGGCGAUCUACUGCCCCCGGACUCAGGGACCCCCUCCCCAACACAGUCCAGAGAGGCUGCAGUAUCCACAGUCAGCAACAACCAGGAUGCUUCAGGAUCUGAGGCUCCCACCCUGAGACACCGAGUACCAAGCUUACAGUCAGAGCCUGGCAGAGUGUCCCCUGAAGCGCCACCCCCCAGCUCUCAGCCAGGACCCUUGGUGCUCAGGCUGAAGUUUCUCAACGAAUCAGAGCAGGUGGCUAGAGCCUGGCCCCAAGAUACCAUUGGCUCUUUGAAAAGGACCCAGUUUCCAGGUCAGGAACACCUAGUUCGGCUCAUCUACCAAGGGCAGCUUCUAGGAGACGAUGCCCAGACCCUGGGCUCACUUCACCUCCCCCCCAACUGCGUUCUCCACUGCCACAUUGCCCCGAGAGACGGUCCCCAACACCUCGGCUGCCCACCAGGGUCAGAGACAGACCCCUCGGGGUUGGGGGUGGGCAAUCUUCUGCUCCCCCUGCUGCUUCUCAUGCUGACACUGCUUUGGUACUGCCAGAUCCAGUACCGACCUUUCUUUCCCCCAACCGCCACGCUGGGCCUGGCCGGCCUCACCCUGCUGGUCAGUCUCCUGGCCUUCGCAAUGUACCGCCGCUAGUGCCUGCCCGAGGGCAGGGCCAAAGCCACCCUGGAUCCCUUUCUCCUCGGCACAGCGGGGGCUGCUGCCUCCCUAGGCCUGCAGCUCGCCCAUGCCUCUUUCCCCUGCCUUGGAGCCCAGCUCUUCGGAGGGAGCUUCGAGGGCCCUCAGAACUCGCCCCAUGUGAACAGCACUGCUCCCGGCUGGCUCCCGGGACCGCUGGAGCUCACCCUCCGCUGACAGCGGCCAACUCCCAGCCGGGCAGCUGUUGCCCCUGCCUGGCGGUGCAGGGCCUGCCCAAGACUUUGGGCCCCCGGAACGCCGGGCCUACCCAUGCACCGUGAGUGCUGCCAAUGACCCCCCAGAGCAGCUCUGCCAGGGUCCGGAGGCAUGCUGGACAGGACUGUGCCACCCCGGUUCUUUGGAUAGACAUUUCCGAUUGAAGGCAAAAAUGUGAACGCAACUGCGGGUUGUGAGUGUACUAGAGUGGAGGAGCCCAGCUCCAAGGACCCCGUGGCUCCCGUGGCUCCCGUGGCCAGACAGCCAGGGGAAGGAAGGGAGCCGCUGGGGCCGCAUUCCCUGCGCCAACAUUGAGCAGCUGUGCCCCCGGGGGCGGGUCACCUGCCCCUGGGUCUCAGUUUUUCCCCGUGUAAGAGGGGAUAAGACUAGUUGCACUACCUACCUCACAGGGCUGUUGUGAGGGACGCGCUAUAUAAAAAGAAGCUGUUAUUCCA